AUGAUGAAAGUAAAUACAACAAUAGUUUACAAAAGACAAUUGAAUCUAAUGAUAGAAGAAAACAUCAUAUCAUUGAUAGAAGAUUCAGACAGCGAUACAGAACCAAUUUCAAGUAAAAAACCCAAGUUAGAACUUAAGAGUAAAUUUAAGGAAGAGAGAACUCUGCCUUUGAUAGCAUUCGUCAAGGAUAAACCUGAAGAAUCAACAAAUCAUGUAGAUAAAAUUAAAAAAAUAAAUGAUGUAUCAACAAUUAAUUCUGUGGUAAAGGUAAAGACGGAAACAAUCAAGAAAAAUGCUGAUUUACGAACUGAAAAAUCAAAUAGUAUUAAUGAGGCUGCAAUUCACAGAAAUGAUGAGGCUUUUAAAAACUUUCUACAAGCAUGUAAAGAAGUUGAAAAUAGUGAUCGAAUGAAUUUAAUCAUUGAGAAAAUUCAAAAGUACCAUAAUAAUGCUCAUUCAGAUUACAUAAAAUCGAAUUCAUUUUAUGAUUUAAUUCAACGAUCCAUAGAAUCAAUAAUAAACAGUAAAAAUUAUUACCUGUAUAUAAAAGAUUUUAUAGAAGAAUUACGGGCCAGAAAAGUGACCGUAAAAGCAGAAAGUACUACAAGUGCCACUGAAUGUGAUGAUAACAGGUUAGAUCCCAUAAGCAAAAAUAAGGAAGAAAAAAUUCACAGACUUGAAAGUGCAUUGAGAAAAAUAAUUAAGAUAUUAAAGAAUCUAGAAGAAAAAGAAGUUGAUUUUGACGAUGAAUAUGAUUCUACAUAUCUGCUACAAGAUAGAUAUGAACGUCGAAUGAUAAAAAUCUACAAUAAACUCUGUGAAAUAACUGGUGAACAGCCAAGUGCAGGCCGUGCAAUAAAACGUAAAAUUUAUGUAGCAAUCAGUACUCACCAAUCCAUUAACAAGGCUGUUCAAGAUUUUGUUAAUAAAAAAAAGGAGUUUCCUAAUUAUCAAGAUAUUCUGAAAAUUGUAAAAUCGUCCAAUGAACUAGAGUCAUUAAAAAUGAGUAAUGCUGCUGAAGCACUUGAAGCCCGGAAAGUUUUUGAGCACAUAGGAAGUGAAUUGCAGAGGAGGCGGCAAGCAGAUUAUUAUUUAUCAAUAUUAGAUUAUCUUCAAAGUGAAACUGAUCCUGCUGAAAAAGAUCCUUCUCUUAAAAAUCAACUUAAGAAAAAUUAUGAUGAGAAUAAACAUAAAAUUCCGGAAAUAAUUAAUAAGUAUGUAGAGAAGGCUGAAAGCAUAGGCUUGAAAGAAAAAGAGGUCGAUAGUGAUCAAGCAAAGAGCGAUGACGAAAAGGAAUCUGAAGCAGAAGAAAGCGAUGGCUCUAGUGCAGAUAUUAUUUAA